AAAAUCUCACGAUUAACUGCGAGACUUUGAAUCUCCAAAAUUUUGUCCGGACCAAAGAGCGACAUCCGAUCAAAGGGGGAUGGCCACCCGGAGAUGCUCGGGUCAAGAAAGGGGUCCUACACUUGGAUGAACCGGGGGAGGAGAGAGCGCUGCGAGGCUGUCAUGUAAGCUGUCUCCUCUGGGGGCCUCCUCUCGGUUCGCGGCUGCUUCCUGCCUCAGGUAGAAGCCUCAGUGGCAGCAGUGUUUCUGCUGCUGGUAGCUUCAGGGCUGCUCUCUCUCUUCUCUCUGCUCCCUCCAGCUGAGCAGGCAAAACAUCCUCUGCUUCAAGCACGAAAAUGGAGAAGAUCUGCUCAGAGUGCACAGAGCCAACACUUGCACAGAGUCUCUGUACGCUGUGCAACAAGUGGCUGUGCUACCAGUGUACCGAUGUGCACCAGCACCAAAGAGCCUCCUCCCAGUAUGCUGAUUCGUUCCAGCAGCAGCAAAGGCCCAGUGCCGCACAGUGCCCUGACUUGCACCAGAGAAACUCCAGCACACUGCCUCCUACUGGACAAGGCCCCGGCUCGUAUCCUUGCUCCCUCCUCAUGUGCCACACUCACCGACAGGAGCCCUUGGAACUUUUUUGUGAGUCAUGUGACCUUUUGUGCUGCAGCAGCUGUCACCUGUCCUCCCACAAAAACCACAGGGUGGUGCAGAUUGGCAAGGCCCUGCAGGAUCAGCAGUGGCUGUUCGAAAACCUGAUGGUGCAAGUGGAAGAGAGGCGGUCUUCAGUGGAAAACAGUGCAAAACAAAUAGAAGACAGACUGCAUGGAGUGAAGAUCGCACACAGGAAGGCAGAGAACCAGAUUAAAAUGGCAAAGAUGAUUAUGAUGAACGAGCUUAACAAACGAGCCAACCUAUUAAUAGAGCAACUGGAGAAGAUUUCGGAGGAGUUCCAGCAGCGUCUGGAGGACCAGCUGCAGGGGGCAAUAGAGAUCUGCGGCCAGCUGGACCACAUUCAGAAGUUCAUCACCUGGGCCACAACCCAUCACUGCAGAGGCCCCGUGCUCUUCAGCAGGGCUCUGAUUUCUCUCCAGAUGCAGCAGCUGCUGGAGUCGUCUCUCCACACAGACUCCUGGAGUCCUGUCAAGAUCAAGUUUAACUGGGAUGCCAGUUACUGGACAAAGCAGAUUUCCUCUUUCGGUCAGCUAAUUGUCGAUGGGGGGAAUUGUGCUUAUCCUUCGGGAUUGGCCUGUUCCAGUAUUUUGAGGCCCCAACCCGUCGCCUGCUUGGCUCUGCCCGCCAUGUUUCACAGAGGCCGAGAGCCAGGCUGCGGCUACCAAACCUGCUGCGAGCCUCAGAUAUGUUGCCUGCAUGGCAUGCCCCCUCAGCAGGAGCUGGCCACUCUGGACAAAAGCCAGGUGGAGAGCACUCUGUUUAACUCCAGCUGUGCUCAGCCUGCUCACUUCUCUGCUUCACUGCACCAGAGUCAGCAGCUCCAGAGGUUUUGGGAGACGGAGAGCUCCCUUCAGUGCCCUCCUCCUACAUCUCCUCUCCCAGCACCCAUCCAGCUCGGCUGCAGCCAAGGAUCUGCAGCCCAAGAUGCUCAGCCUUUAACAUACGCCUCCUGUCACCAACGUCAGAGGGAAAUCGCUCCAGAGAGCCAGACUCACCUCAAUGCGGACCGUGGCGGUCUGGGUCAGUGUAAGGCGAAGUUGUCUACAAGCCCGGCUCUGCAGCAAGAGGUCAGCCACAAUGUGAGGGACAAAGAUGAGGAGAGAUGUAGAGGGGAGACCCGUGGACAGUCGGCAGAAGAUGAAAGCAGAGAGCUGGAUGAGGAUCUGGAGGCAGGCAGAAGGGAGCAGAGUCUGGUCCAGCUUCAGGCGUGUUUAGCUGCUGACCAGCAGAGGACCAGACUCAGAAUGCAUAGAAAUGGCAAGCAGAGGUCCACGUCCCUGGAGGUGUCCGCCAGAGCCCACGAGCGUGCAUCUGAUGUGCAGAGCAGCAGGCUGAGCCCCAGCUUGGUGUGUACGACGAGGAAGCGUCGCUCCCGGAGCAUCCCGACAGAGCUGGUGGCCCCGCCCUCCAGCCCUUACGCUGAAAGGCCUGCUGCAGGAUGCAUAAACAGCCAGGAGGCAGGAGCUGCGAAGAAGUAUGACAUGAUAGAGCUAAAACAACGGAGAGCUUCCGAUGGAGGACUUUGUGUCGUCAACGAAACCGACUCAAUCCAAUCCAAAGGAUUGUCUCCUUCACCUCCCUAUAAGACAGAACCAGAUCACCCAACUGCUUUUGUGUAUGAAGAGGUUGAAUACAGAGCCAAGGAGAAGCACAGACUACCACGAAACAGCAUCACCAAUAAUGGAGAAGCUCUGAAAGACUCGGGGAGAUCCAGGGUUCCAGUGGUUUGCUUAGAGCGUCUCAAAAUCCUCGUGUCUCAGCUGCCCCCACACGGACGAAGACAAAGUGACCCUUUGCCUGCCAGUGAGACAGAGAAGAGCGAAGGCCUCGCCCAGCACAGCACAUGGCACACAGUAAUGCAACACGGGACAGCCAGGGGGUCUGACCCCAGAAGGACCACCCGCUCACUCACAGAGCGAUCCACUCGCAGCCCGUCUGUCGCCUACGCUGACACCUGUGACUUUAGCAGGAGACUCAGCUUCCACACAGCAUCCACACAGAUUCCUACUGACUCCAAAUACGUGCCAGAAAGUUACUUUGCACCCGAUUUGGACACAGACUCUGAUCCCAGGUCAGUUUCGGAGGAAGUCACCUGUUAUCCGACUGACCCAGGUCCACUGCUACACUCUGAUGGGUCGCUGGAUUCCAAUCCAAAUGCAGUAUCGUCUUCCGAGGCUGAGUUUGAACUUGCUGCUGCGAGUCAGUCAACAGGUUCAGGUGAGGUGAGACAGAAUGUGGAUUCAGAACCGAGCCUUGAUUACGAGGUGGAGCCAGACACGGAUGCAGGAGCGGGAUCAGAGGACGGUCAGGGGUUGGAUGCUGAUACAGAAUCGGGGGAUCCCGAAACCGAGUCUGACACCCAGCCUGAAUAUGAUCCCAGUUUCCAGACUGAAACCGACUCCGAUGCUGUAUCCGGUCAGCCUCCAGACUUUCAGGGCUCCGGGGAGUCCGAUCUCGACUUGGAGUCUGAACCCGAACCGACAACUGACGACCCCCAGCCGCUGCGCUCUGACCUGGAGGAGGAGCCGCAGAUGGGCCCUGGUCCGAGGCAGCUUUUGAUCGCAAAUCAUGGGGCUCAGAGGGACGAAGAGGACAUUCACACAGAGCAGGACGUGGAUGAGAUGGAGAGUGAGGACUUCUGCGCAGUCUGCCUGAUUGGAGGGGAGCUGCUGUGCUGUGACCGAUGUCCAAAGGUCUUCCACUUAUCAUGCCAUGUGCCGCCUCUUCUGAGCUUCCCCACAGGAGACUGGGUGUGCAGCAUCUGCAGAGAUGUUUUACAGCCCGAAGUUGAAUAUGACUGUGAGAAUGAGAGAUCAUCUGCAGCAAACACUGCGCUCGGACUCUCUGCUUGCGAUCAGAGAAAAUGUGAGCGACUGGCUCUUCUGAUUCUCAGCAACAUCUUGAGUGCUCCUUUCCACGAGCCCGUCAGUCCACUUGCACGUCAUUACUACCAGAUCAUCAAGAGGCCAAUGGAUCUGUCUGUGAUCAGAGCCAAGCUCAGUAAAGGGAAUCCCAGGCAUUACAGCUGCCCGGACCAGUUCGUUGCUGAUGUCUGUCUCAUGUUCCGCAACUGUGCAAAAUUUAAUUAUCCUGACUCGGAGGUGGCCCAAGCAGGCCACAGCCUUGAGCUGUUCUUCAUGUCGAAGCUGAAAGACGUUUUCCCAGACAAAGAUUUCCCGAUGGCUGAGCUCGAUUCUGACAGCGACGAGUACGACGAGACCUGCAGGGCCGCUAAUGGCAGCUUCCUCUGGCCAGAGAGAAGGGAGCAGUGUCACAGGAAGAGGAAGAGGAGGCAGUCGCUCAAGUCGAGGAGGCAUCACUUCUAACUGCAUGGUGAUCAGAAAGAAAACUGUGCUCACAAAAAUGUUUUUCGUUUUUUUUUGUAAUUUGUCUAUUUUUAAGUGACAGCCUGUGGAGUGACAAGAGAGAUCUUAUUUGAUGACCAAUGUUGUGGUUUGUUGUAAAUUGUCAGUGCUACCAUCUGAUGGCAGCUGAACAUAUCUUCUUUAGUUAUUCUUCCUGCAGGCAGCUAAUCAAAGAAGCUGAAUGUGUAAAAAUUGUUUUGUUGGCAGGGUGUACGCAGCCGAGUGUACGGAGUUCCUCUUGUAGCCAUAAACAUGUUCUACGUAUUACUUACUGUAAGAGCUUCUUUAUCGUAUCACCACAUAACCCACUGAUGCACUGCAUUGCUUAUUGCUUUAUUUACAUGUAGAUAUAUAAUCGGUGCACGCUUUCUGCCCUAAGCUGUAUUGUACAAACGGGACGUUGUAGCUGGAUGUUUUUGAAACCUUGUAAUACGUGGACUUUUUUUUAAGUGACAUGGUCCUCAGUAUAAAAGAAAUGUUAAAAUGUUAAUGCUAGCAAAUUCUGUAAUGUUUUUACUCAUAUAUGGUCUACAUAUUAUAAAUGUUUGCCUGCAUAGAAACACUUUUGCUGUCGCUUCCAGUUACAAAAAGAACUUUUGCUUCUUCUUGACAUAACCUGAGUUUUAGUUUGUCACUCAAAAACAUAAAAAAAAUGUUUCUCAUUUUAUCUUUUUGAUCAGAAAGAAAUAAAGGGUGAAAGAGUAAGAAAUAUAUGUUCUGUUAAAGCUACAAGGAUAAGAAUAGUGGCAUAGGAUUUUAUGUGUUAAACUAUAAAAAUGUGUUUAAUUUUGAAUCAUUAAGAGGUGAAACAGGAUCCAUCCAUGUUCCACAAAAACAUGUGAACCUUUCCUAUUUAAAUAACUCAGGCUGAAUAAAAAAAGACAUUAUUCAUAGUUCUAAAACGCCAGUAUUAUUUGUACAACAAAUUCUGUUUAAAGCGUGUAAAUUUAUAACUCCUCAGAUCAUUCCCUGUUUACAAAUACUUCACGGUACUGCAGCUCAAACUAGACAUGGCCCGUUUUUCUUUUUAUAGAUGUCAUAGGAAAAUGUAUUAAAAAUAGUAUUUCUUUUUGUUUUGAUGAAGAUGGACAAACUUUACUGAAAAUCUAUGUUUGAAUUUUCUUUUUCAUUUUUUUAACUGUAAAAGCUUCAAAUGAACAGAUACACAAUAUACUAGCUUGUUGAAAUAUAAACCCAUUACAAGUGUCAUCAUUUCUACAAUAAAUGGGAUAUUUGAAAAUUUG